AUGCCUGGUGCCGGAGACGAAGACUACGAUCGAGCAACAGAGCUCGCCGCUCUGGCGGAUGUCCUCAUCAACGCAGCUGCAGGAGCACCCGGUGCAGGUUGCUACGUCUCUUCGAUAGUGGCCAUCCGCUACGAUGAUACAGAACAAGUGCUCAGCUUUGAGCUAGACUCGGAGCGUCGUUGGGCGAACGAAGCUCGCCCAAUCAUCUCAGCCAGCUCGGAGCUAUCCUGCGAUAUGACCGCCGCGCAGAUGUUCCACCUUCGAUCCUACCUUGGCUCCGCCAUCGGUUUUGACCAAAGAAUACACCUGAUGGACGUGCUGGGCAGAUUGGACCUGGACAGCUUGAGCCCCGGCCUAGAAUCGGAUGGGUCCACCAGGCAUUCUGUCACAGUCAAAAUGCCCUGUCCUUGGAGCGUCAACCCACCUGUUGCUUCGCCGGCCAGCAAUGACGAACGGAGAGCGGAACCGGACACCCAACCACACCGACUGUGGCUACUGCAGCAGGAACUGGAGCCGCCGACAGCAUUGGAGGCCAUUGCGGACGGAUGGCCCGAAGUGACGGAAAUAGGCGACGGUGCCGGCCAAGCGCGCGCCUACAUUCUUGACCCUUUCUGCACCGACGCGGAUGUGCCAGAUUGGGGCGACGCAGAUCAGGGGACCGGACGCAAUGAGACGGAGAACGGGCAACCGAGGCAACAUGAGGGCAAUACCGAGGGGGACGAAGCGGCCGAUCUGCCUAGUCGCUGUAUAGCGGACGAGUGUCGGGAAAGCUGGGCUAAGGAGCUUGGAUACUUGCGAAGAAGGUGA